AUGACCGCGGACCCGAGCUCGCAUCCGACCGACGACGAGCGCCCCCGCGCGUCGACCUACCUCCUAGACCGCUUCAAGCGGGCACGCACGACCGGCUCCGACACGGACGCCUCGAGCGACGCUGGCUCGAGCACCCUCCGCCCUCCCAGCCGCGAGGGUCCUGACGAAAUGGCACCCGCCCGCGACGCGCCCCGCAGCGACGAGAGUGUCGACUCGCUGAUGGGCGAGUCGCUCCGCCUCGACGACGCACGCACGCCGGCGGAGACGCUCGCCCGCGAGGUUGAGGCGUGGCGCGCGACGCCACCGCGCCUCGGCGAUACGUGGUACGUGGUCCCCGCCGCAUGGUACCGCGCAUGGACCGAGCACCCCGCGCGCCCGCCGCCCCCCAUGGACCUUGCGCCGCUGUGUGCGCCCGGCGGGCAGCUGCGCGCCGGCCUGCUCGAAGGCACCGACUACGAGCUGCUGCCGAAGCCGGCCUUCGACGCGCUCGCGAUGCGCUACACGGUGCGCGGACCCACACUCGCGCGGCACGUCGUCCCCGGCGUCGCGCCCGGGCAGAGCCGCAUCGAGCUGUACCCACCGCGUGUCGAGCUCGUGCUGUGUGGGGCGCCGCCGCGCGCCGCGUGCACCGCGCUGCCGACCGCGGACCUCUCGGCGGGCGAGACGCUGCGCGCGCUCAAGGCGCGCAUCCGCGCGCUCGGCGUGUGCACGGCGGGCGACGACGACCUGCGCCUCCUGCGCCUCCCGCCGCACCUGCGGGCCGCCGCGCUCGCGAGCGGCGGCCGCGUCUCUGUCCCCGUGCUGUGUGCGUCGGACCCCCCCGUCGAGCUCGUGCACGGCAGCGACGCGGCGACGCUCGCGUCGCUGCAGCUGGAUGCGCCCACGCUGCUCGUCGGCGUCGACGUGCGUGUCGACGGCGCGUGGCAGUACCCCACGGCGCGCGACGUGCCCGCGCACCGCACACGGAGCACGACGCAGGCGUCCGGCGCGGCGCACGCGCCGCGCGGCCUGCGGGGCCUCGCGAACCUCGGCAACACGUGCUUUAUGAACAGCGCGCUGCAGUGCCUCAGCAACACGCCCGAGCUGCGCGAGUACUUUUUGCAGGGCGCGCAGUGGGACGAGCUGAAUGCGGAGAACCCCCUCGGCAUGGGCGGCGCGCUCGCCGCCGCAUACAGCCGCCUCGUGCAGGCGCUGUGGGGGAGCGGGAGCGGCGCCGUCGUCCCGCGCGAGUUCAAGACGGCGCUCGCGCGCUUCGCGCCGCAGUUUAUGGGGUACGCGCAGCAGGACACGCAGGAGCUGCUCGCGUUCCUGCUCGAUGGGCUGCACGAGGACCUGAACCGGAUCCAGAAGAAGCCGUACCUGGAGUCGCCCGACUGGGUCGGCGGCAGCGACGCGGACAUGGUGCGCUUCGCGCGCCUGCAGUGGGACAUGUACAAGGCGCGCAACGACUCGGUGAUCGUCGACCUGUUCCAGGGCCAGUACCGCAGCACACUCGUGUGCCCCGAGUGCGCCAAGGUGUCGAUCAAGUUCGACCCGUUCAUGUACCUCACGCUGCCCGUGCCCAACACGCGCAAGUGGCGCGGGCGCGUGUAUGUGGUGCCCAGCGGCGCGCAGCCGAUCGUGCAGGUCGACGUGCAGCUGCCCGCCACGGCCACGAUCGCGCAGCUGCGCGAGCGAGUCGGGGCCCUGGUGCACAUCGACGCCGCGCACCUGCUCGUGGGCGAGGUGUGGUCGCACCACGUCUACCGCUGGCUCGCGUCGUACGAGCCGGUGCGUGACCUGGGCUCGGACGACACGAUCUAUCUGUGGGAGGCGCAGGCGCCGGUGGCCCUGCCGCGUGCGCGCAAGCCGAGUGCGUCGCGCUUCUCGUUCUUUGGGCGUGCGGAGCGCACGGUGGAAGACAUUGAGCGCGCGUACGAUGCACCCGAGGUGCCGGAGCACGUCACGCUGCCUGUCUUCUCGUGCAAGGCCGAUGCGCCGGGCCGCUUUGGCUCGUACCGCCGCACGCUCGGCGAGCCGAUGGGCAUGCCGUUCCUCGUUACGGUGCCGCGCGACAAGAUGCACGAUGCGGCGUAUGUGUAUGAGGCCGUGCAGGCCCAGUACGUGCGCUUCGGCACGCUGCCGACGGCCGAGGCGAUGCACGCGCGCGCGGCGGCGGCGCGCGACGCGGUGCGCGCCGCAGAGGGCGGCGCCGACGCGGCCGAGGACGGUGCCGACGAGGCGCCGCGGCCGACGGGCCUGUUCGCGCUGCGUGUCGCGGCGCCCAGUGCGGACGAGGCGAUGCACCGCGGGGACGAUGCGAACGACGGGACGACCGAGGCGCUCGAGGCGCGCAUCGCACGCCUCGCGGGCGGCGAUGCGUGGCCUGUGCUGUACCCGGGCAGUGCCCUGUAUGCGCUGUGGGAGGGCGCGGUGGCCGAUGCCGUGCUGCCGGCGGUGCCUGCGAGCCACGUGUGGGGCGCGGUGACGGAGCAGCAGGACCCUGAGUUUGUGCAGGGCACCGCGCAGCUGGCCGCUGGGCGCCGGCGUGCGCCGAGUCUCAGCCUGGACGACUGCCUGAACGAGUUUACGAAGGCGGAGCAGCUGAGCGAGGACGACCUGUGGUACUGCCCGUCAUGCAAGGAGUUCCGGCAGGCGACGAAAAAGUUUGACCUGUGGAAGGUGCCGGACAUGCUCGUCGUGCACCUCAAGCGCUUCAGCGCGGGGCGUGUCUCGCGCGACAAGCUGGACCACAUGAUCGACUUUCCGCUCGAGGGACUCGAUCUGCGGAGCCGCGUCGUGGGCCGCCAGAUGCUCUCGGCGCUGCCGGACGAGGUGCCUGCGUCGCAGACGCGUGUGAACGACGCCGUCAGCGUGGCGCACGAUCCGCACGACGACGCCGUCGAGGCCGACCUGCCCGUGUACGACCUGUAUGCGGUCGACAACCACUUUGGCGGGCUGGGCGGCGGGCACUACACGGCAUUUGCGAAGAACCCUCUGGACGGCCGCUGGUACAACUACGACGACUCGAGCGUGCGCCCGGUGAGCGAUCCCGCCACGGUGAAGAGCUCGGCGGCCUACCUGCUGUUCUACCGGCGGCGCACGGCCCGUGCGCUGGGCGGCAAGUCGCGCGAAAUCAUCGAUCGGCUUCAGGCGGCGCAGCAUACGCCCAUGCCGCCUGCCACGCAUAGCGACCCGCUGAGCGCAGCGCCGACACCGGCGGCCUACUCGUCGAGCUCGGACGACGAGGUGUAG